AAAUAACUCAUGACUACUGUUUCUAGAAAAGAGCUAAAACAGCUCUUGAAAUCGUUUCACGAGGCUCUUGAGUACUGGGCCAAGAGUCUCGAGACCAAAAAGAGUAUGGAGGAGAUCAAACUGGCCCAAGUCCUGGAUCCGUUGGAUGAAUUAACCAAACUUUCAAAGCUCAUUAAGGCUCAUGUCACUAAGGUGGGAAUCAUCUUCAAACCAGAUAUCUUGCAAAAACAAGUUGAAAGUUCUUACAAUACUCUCCAGAAACUCAGUGAGUCCAACGUGUUGUUGAUUUCUCUCGCGGCUCAGUUGGAUCCAAAUCAACUUUCCCGUAUCUUUUACGAUGAGAUUAUCGACAGGAUCAAACAGAUUCUCUUGUCAAAUACAUAUCUCGUUCAGCAGCUAAUGAUCAUAGAGAAGACCAUCGAGGCGAACGACGAUGGUGAACAGGUCCCGGUAUCACCACUUGAAGAAACAGACGGAAGGUUGGUGUCUGUUGGUAAGAUAUGGUCCUGUUGCGAUGGGCUUGCAAAGGUUGUGGCAGACGGCAAAAUUGGAGUAUUAAACUCAAAAUUCAGACAGAGUAUUGACUUGAUAGAGGACGGACUCGAAGACUUUGCCGAAUGGGUAGAGAACCCCGAAGCGUUUGAUGAUGAGGAUCCCUUUGGGUUUACUGACGAUGAAGAGUCGGAUGAAGAUGAUGGUGCAACCCCUCCUGAAACUGAUGAAAACAAACAAGAACUCAAGGAUUACGGAAAGCUUUGGCUUGCACGAUUCAAGUUGGUUAGGCUCUUAUUGACGUCCAUUUCCAAGUCGUUGCCCUCUGUAACUUCUGGUGAUACCAUAAAUAUCAUCUACCAAGCGCAGAAGGCCAUUGUUUCUAAUGUUGAUAAGCUAAUUGUCGACUUGAUGAUGAGUUCUCGAAUAGAUGCAGAUACUGAAUCAUACGCAGGUGAAAUCACCAGAAACUGCCGAAACCUUAUCAAGGUGGUGAGGGAUGUGAACAAAUCCAACGAGGCCAAAGUCAAAUGGUGUGACACCUGGGACACCAAAUUCAACAAACCUACAUAGUUACAGGAUUAUUAAGAAGACAUGUAUCGAACUAUAGAAUCUGGUUUACAUCUUCAGGUCCCGGGAUAGUUAUUCAGACAACCCCAAAUACUUUAUAUGGUGCUUAGCGUGGUCCUCGACAAACGAACUAAUAAAAAAAUACGAAUGGUCGUAGCCUUCUACUACAUUCAAUAAGACCUUUCCCUUGUAGUUCGAGUCCUUUGCAGCAGCCACCAAGUUUUCUGGUUGCAAUUGGUGAUCUCUGAAGUAGAAUGGGUCCGCAGCACCUUGGUGAAUUAAAAUAUCCGGUUGGUUGGCACCAGCAUAUUUCUUGAUCAAGUGACUGGGGUCAUAUUCCUCCCAUUUGGACUUGUCGGAACCAAGGUAGUUUCCAAAGUUCUUUUCACCCCAUGGACAGCUCAGAGGAUUAGAAAUUGGUGCAAAUGCACUCACCGAUUUGUACUGUCCAGGAUUCUUGAAGAAACCCGCCAAAGCUCCGUAGCCUCCCAUUGAGUGGCCAGUGAUGGAGAUAUUGGAGAAGUCCAACGCCGAAAAGUGCUUUUCAAGUUCAGUCAACAAUUCCUUGUGUACAUAUGAGUACAUGUUGUAAUUUUUCAGCCAUUUGUCCUCUGUAGCAUCAACAUAGAAUCCAGCCCCAGUUCCAAAAUCCCAGGAGUCAUCUUCCCCUUCGAUGUUGGCACCACGAGGAGAAGUGUCUGGGAAUACCACUGCGAAACCGUACUUACCAGCAAAGUACUGUAAAAAUGACUUCUCGGUGGCAUUAUUUGGGGUGCAAGUUAAGCCUGAAAGAUACAACAACACAGGGAUCUUGGUUUUUGGAGACGAACCAGGAACGUAGACGUUCACGUCCAUCUUUGUAUUUGUCGAUGUAGACUCAUGGGACAACUUGUAUAACUUUCCUCCAAACUGGGAGAUUUCUGCUUCGACUUUAAAGGACAUGUUCAGGU